AUGAUUGACCACUUGUUACUAGGUGUGGAUGUUUCAACUGCACUCACUGUGAUUAUCAUUGGUUUAAUAGUCAUGACCAUCAUCUUCUUUUUAAAAACGAAACGGAAAAAUCCCUCUAUGGUUUCAUCAAAAACCAAUCAUCAUGGCAAAAUAAUGUUAUUAAAAACUCCACCCAUCAUUUCCUCCAAAAUUCCGUUUCUUGGAUGUGCUCUGGAUUACCUCCAAGAUCCCAUUUCAUUUCUGGAUCGUGUACAGUACGAGCAAUCACAUGUUCAUCGUGAAGGUCUCUUCACACUCAAGCUUGCAAACAAGUACAUUACCAUGAUUUCAUCGAUGGAGGCUAUUCCAAACUUUCCUCAAUUCUUUUACAACACCUCCGAAGAAGAUAUUAGUUUUUACAAUGUCUUUAACGACUUUUUUCAAACCAUUCUUCCAUUUAACGUUAUUGAAAUGGAAACUUUUUCUGGAAAAUCCAUGAAGAAAUUGAAAAUGAUGCAACACAAAAUUAUUCCCAAGUUGGAAGAUUAUGUAGAAAUUAUUUCUUUUCAAUUACAACGAUUUUUCAAUGUAGAGAAUUUAUCAAAAAAGAAGGACAUUCAAUGGGUCCAUGAGCAAUCACAUCAUCGAUCUUUCCAAUUCGAUCCCAUGCAAUUAUUUACUGAGCUAGUGCUGCUUAUUAAUGCGUCAUCCAUUGUAGCCAAAGAAUUGGGAACUAUUGAAGAAUUUCGUGAAAGACUCUUGCAACUAUUUCCCAAAAUGAAUGAUGGUCUCGAGGGAAUUGCUCUCUCUCUUCCAUCUGCAUUUCAAGUACUAUUUCCCAACGUGAGAGCAGGACGAAAGGCAUUUCUUGACUUUACAACAUUAAUUCGUGAUAUUUUAAUUGCACGAGAUGAUCAAGAAGAACAACAAAAGAAUCACCAACGAGAGCAACACACAGAGGAAAUUGAUGAUGGAGAGGAGAAUUCCAAUGAGAGGUUGGACGUUUUGAAAAUUCUUUCAACAGAAUUAAGAGCGUGCUCACAAGUCUCAACGAAUGGCCAAACACCCUCCUGGAAUGAAAUCUUCCAAAAGCAUUCCGAGAGCUUUCAAUCCAUGUGUGCCAAGCUCUUCGUGAUGAUUUAUGCUGGAUCCACCGUUUGUAAAUCAUCGGCCUAUACUCUUCUCUCUGUAUUGAACCAUGAACACUGUCAUGUGAAAUACAUGAACGAGAUUCACCACAUUUACACGAAAAUAUCGAGCACAAGCACUGACUGUGUUGCAUUCGAUCUUCCAUCAAGUUUUUUCAAUAAGGAAUUUGUAUUGCAUUAUGCACGUCAGGCUGAAUAUGCUGAAAGUUGUGUGAAAGAAACACUUCGAAGAUUUACAGGUCCACUCGUAUUGAGAAAGGUCAUGAAACCUCUCACUCUCCAAUCACACUUGAUCAAGAAGCAAUCACAACCACAUACAACCAAGAAUGAGGACGACUCUGAUCUGACAGAAUGCUACUAUCAACUUCCAAUGGGAGCCAAUCAUUUUCUCGCUCUCUCACCUUAUCAUUAUCAUCAUUGCAGCAAGAUAUUUCCAAAUCCAUACGAGUUCAUUCCAGAACGAUUCAUGACAAGUAGUUCUGCUGCUGCUGAUAUGAAAAGUGGAGAAAAACAAGAGACUUUUAGAGAAGAGAGUAUACCAACACUACAUUCUUUCAAUCAGGGAUUUCAUGCCUUCUCUGCAGGUAAACAUGUGUGUCUUGGAGCUAAAAUUGCAACCAUUCAGAGUAAAUGUAUUGUGGGAUGUAUGUUGAGCUUAUUUGGAGGUUCAAGAAGAGGAUUCUCGUCGAAUGAGGGGUCAAGUGAGCAUGUACGUCAAUCCAUCCCUCCUCUUCGAUUGGCCACACCAUUGGAAGAGCCAGAUUAUUCAGUGAUUGGAAUUGCAAAACCAAAAAAGCCAUGCUAUGUGAAAUGUUAUGUAUGUGGAACCAGGAAUGAUUCAUGA